AUCUCUCUCUACUCUCUCUCUCUCUCUCUCUCUCUCUCUCUCUCUCUCAUGAAAAUCGAGAUAUGGAAAAAUUGCCGACCGAUCUUUAUCUGAAGAUAUUCUGUUGGUUGGAUCAUCAAAAUCUCGCAGCUGCUCAACUUGUGUGCAGGAAAUGGAGAGAUUUAGGGUCAGACGAGAUGUUAUGGUGUAAUCUAUUUAAAGAAAGAUGGGGAAUUGAUAAUGCCACAUUUUACGCCCCUGUAGAUUCUAAGUCGUGGAAAGAUGUCUUCAUUGUUCAAGACCGCUGCGAUCGAGUUGGAUUGGGGUUGAAGAUAAUAAUGGAAGGAGAUGAUUGUUUCUUAGUUCAUCAAGGUCAAAUUCAACGGCAUUUAGGUUCAAGAGAACCAGAAUCACGAACAUUUAACUCAAUUAACAAUAGAGGAGAAGAAUCCAUAGAUGAAGAGCAACCAUGCUCGAGCAUUCUAGACAAGAUCCUUUUCUUCGUUGGGGACAUGGAAACUGCUUCAUUACAUGCGAAACGAAGCCGGUUGCUGUAGAUAUCUGUCUGACUUGACAUGGAUUUGACGUAAUGCUUUUGUUAAUUUGUAUAAUUAUCUUAGUAAAUGAUGUACCUUAUGUUUUUUCGUUAAAAAUAUGUAAAGUGCUGUGAUAAUUCAUAGUCCCUUUGUAAAAUAUGUAAAAUGUCUUGUAACAAUAUAACAAAUUCAAAUGCAAAUAACAGGACCUUGCAUUCCACAAUAGUUUCCCUUUCUAUUUUGCAAUGAACAGCUACUAUUUAAUUUCCUUUA